UCAUGCUGCUGCCAGGUCCAGAGUCUCUCAUGGGUCCCUGUACGGCCUCCCAUUGCUGCUGUCUCCAUCGCCACACUCUGCCAUGUGCCACUUUCAGGUCUCCUCACACACUGCUGGUGUGUUCCAUUUUUUGUCAUAGGGUGCUGGCAGAUUACGGGCCUCCCAUUGCUGCUGCCAGGCCCGUAAUCUGCCAUGGGCCCCUGUACCGCCUCUCAUGCUGCUGCCAGGUCCAGAGUGUGUCAUGGGUCCCUGUACGGCCUCCCAUUGCUGCUGUCUCCAUCGCCACACUCUGCCAUGUGCCACUUUCAGAUCUCCUCACACUGCUGGUGUGUUACAUUUUUUGU